AUGGCCCUGCAGCCCCUGCUGCUCCAUCUGGCCUUCCUCAGGCUCGGCACCACCGGGCCCUUGGUCCAGGGGCGUGGCUUUCGCUCGCAAACAGUUGCCUGGCCAUCCUUCUUCGACUUCAACUGGCCCCAGGAGGUUCAGGAAACCAUCCAGAUUCCGAACAAUGGGAGCGCGCCCCUGCUCGUGGAUGUGCAGGUGUUCGUGUCCAAUGUAUUUAACGUGGACAUCCUGCGGUACACACUGUCCUCCAUGCUGCUGCUUCGGCUGUCCUGGCUGGACAGUCGUCUGGCCUGGAACACAAGUGUCCACCCGCAGCAUGCAGUCACACUGCCCUGGGACUCGCUCUGGACUCCGGGACUCACUAUUCAGGAGGCGCUCUGGGUGGACUGGCAGGACCAGAGCCCGCGGGCCCGAGUGGACCCCGACGGCCACGUCAUCCUGUACCUGGCCCUCACCACGGAGACCAACUGUGACUUUGAGCUCCUCCACUUCCCCAGGGACCAGAGCGACUGCAACCUCAGCUUCUACGCUCUCAGCAACACUGUGCUAGAGCUGGAGUUCCGGGCCCGCGCAGUGAACGAGAUCGUGAGUGUCAAGAGGGAAUACGUAGUUCGGGAUUUGAAGACCCAAGUCCCACCCCAGCAGCUGGUGCCCUGCUUCCAGGUGACGUUGCGCCUGCAGAACACAGCGCUGAAGGCUGUCAUAGCUCUGCUGGUACCUGGGGAGGCGCUGCUGCUGGCUGACAUGUGCGGGGGGCUGCUGCCCCUCCGGGCCACCGAGCGCAUCGCCUACAAGGUGACCCUGCUGCUGGGCUACCUUGUCUUCCACUCUUCCCUGGUGCAGGCCCUGCCCAGCUCCUCCUCCUGCAACCCGCUGCUCAUUUACUACUUCACGGUGCUGCUGCUCUUGCUGUCCGUCAGCACCAUGGAGACCGUGCUGCUGGCCGCGCUGCCGGCCGGGGGCAACCUCAGCCCAGCCCCGAGAGGAGAGCAGCAGGACCGUGGGGACCCAGGACCGCAUCCUGCAGAAGCUCCCAGAGUGAAGGGGUCAAGAAGGAGCUGGGCUGAGGCUGCUGACCACAUCUUCUUCCUGGUGUAUGUGGUGGGGGUAGUGUGUAGCCAAUUCUUCUUCAUUGGAUUCUGGAUGUGGGCGACGUGCAAGUCUGACCCAGCCCCUGGCAAGGCCAUACCCCACGGCGGACAGCCCAGGCUGUGACAGGGCCGGGCCCAGGGCUGCAGAGAGAGGACCAUGACAGGGUCUCUGGAGAGAGGAGGAGGGAGGACGACUCUCUUCCCUAAGCCCGGAGGA